GUUGUCUGAUAACCACUUCAUCUCAAAACUCAAAUGAGACCUCUCUCAACCUACCAAGUUUUCUGUAUAUUUUAUUCAGCUCUGCAACAGUUUGUCAACCUCCCGAGACGCUCUACCGCGUGAGGGAUGAGCCGCUUGGAUGAGUUCGGAUAGAGCACGAGAAGAGAGGCCAUGGCGCAGCGGCGGAUGAAUGAGCAUCGGCGGCGAACAGGAUGUUGGACCUGCAAGCAGAAGCAUAUCCAAUGCACCGAAGAGAAGCCCACCUGCAACCGAUGCAUUCGCCUAGGUUUGACCUGCGAGUAUGGAAUUCGUCUAUUGUGGAAAGAGGACGCAGCUCAGCGGAAUAUAUCCCUGGGACGCGAAGGAAAGUGGUGCAAGAAGACCAAGACGAAAACCUCGAGGUCUGAGCCAGGUGGUCGGUAUGAACCUGUUGACUUGAGACCUUAUGUGGGGAUGUGGGUCUUCUUCAACGCGAGUAAGGACGACUUCGAGACCUAUUGUGGGGAGCAUGCCGGAAGCCUGGAAGAACGUCUAGUUGAGGAGCAGCAAGAGAAUUCGGCUGUCCUUAGCGAGUAUGAGCUGAUAACCACUCUUAUGCGAACGGAGGAGAUUGAGUACAUUGACGAAUGCCUGCCACUGGAUGCAAUGACGCCGUUCAUGCCCACGAGCUCCUUCAGCAGCUACUCCACAUUCUCGUCUAUCGAAGGGAAUCUAUUCAACUAUUUUGUUACCUCAAUCGGGCCCAGCUGCUCCCUCAGUCCAUCCCAGAAUCCAUAUCUGGCAUACCUCACCCCGAUGUCCUUCCAAUUUCCAGCAUUGAGAGAUGCUCUAAUUGCAGUCUCAGCCAAUCAGCUUCGAUUAUUGAACGACAAGAGAUUUGAACGAGAAGCUUGGUCGUACAAGAACAAGGCUAUUCGAGCAGUUCAGAGAGCCAUUGAUGCGGAGGAAAUCGAUCUUGGGAUAGUGGCUACGGUGUUGAUGCUUUGUUUUUAUGAUAUAUCCGAUGGCUGCAACCAGUCUUGGGUUGCACAUCUGCGGGGCGGGAUCUCAUUGCUGGACAAACUCUCCAGCUACUCAAGAAACCGUGGAGCUUCGAGUACUGAAGAUAGUCUAUAUACUUUUCUAAGAAUGUACUUCGUAGCUCACGAGAUCAUGGGUCGAACAGCAUGCGAGGGAGACAUCGUAGGCCAAAUCUACGAGUGGGCUCCCCACGAAGCAUUAGAUGAAAUCGAUGUUUUGAUGGGAUGUUCACGGAAGCUGAUGACGCUCAUAAGACAAACCUCUGUCCUCGCCUCCGAACAAACUCAGCUCCUCCAGAGUGGUACAGCUACAGAUAAUGAACUCACAGCCCUCGCCACAUCUCGUGACUCGAUUGCGCAAACACUGCACUCACUACGACAAACUCACCCCCCUUCGACCCCGGAAUGCUACCACCUCGCCUCAAUAGCGGAAACCAAACGUCUAACAGCCCUCCUUUAUCUGUACGAACGACUCGGGCAUCUUCCUUCUCUGUCUCACUCGGCACCAGUCCACUCCUGGCCUAACGCACCAUCGGGUAUCAUUUGCCAAAUCAUUACCCUGAUUAGAGAAUUGCCUGACUCUCCGACACUGCUUUGGCCGCUUUUUAUACUGGGGAAUGUGAGGUGUGGACUGGAUGAGGAACAGCGGAGGUUUGUACACGACAGGCUGACUGUCCUGCAGAAAGUAAGGAAUUUGGGGAGCGUGAGGAGAGCGAGGCUGUGCGUUGAGGAGACGUGGAUGAGGACGGACUUAGGACUGCAGCAGGGAGGAUUGGGAGAACAGAGUGGACAGGGGAAAGGAAGGGAGGUCUUGAUUAGUUUAGCUUGAUAGAAUUGCUGAGCCGUUUCUACAUAGCCUGUGAUUGGUUUCGUUGGUUUCGAUUUGGAUUUUAGGAGCCUCGGUGACAUUGGUUCACCCUUUCUGAAGCCACUAGACACUCUCUGUUCUGAUUUGGAGCUCGCAACUCUUGCUGUAUUUCAAAGGAAGGAGGCUGAAUUGAAGUGCAGCGAAUGAGAAUGACCAGGUGAAGUUAGUGGCAUGCAAAUGGGCGAAGAGAC